AGAAGCGCAGCGCCGAUAUAAAAAGGAAGCGCCCGGUCUCCUCCUUCUCAGUCGGUCCGCAUUGCAGGUUUGUUUCAUUGUCUUCUGAAAGCAGCGCUAAAAGCUACAACUGAGAAUGUCGGACGAAGGCAAACUGUUCAUCGGAGGUCUGAGCUUUGAGACCACAGAGGAUUCUCUGGCCGCUGCCUUUGGCAAAUAUGGAACUAUUGAAAAAGUUGAUGUGAUCAGAGACAAAGAAACUGGAAGAUCGCGUGGGUUCGGCUUUGUGAAAUACGACAACGUUGAUGACGCAAAAGAUGCAUUGGAUGCCAUGAAUGGAAAGACCCUCGACGGCCGUGCAAUCCGUGUCGAUGAAGCAGGGAAAGGUGGACGUCCAAGGGGAGGAGGAUUUGGAUCCAGCCCAAGAGGAGGCAGAUUCCAGAGCUCCAGGGGUGGAAGAGGUGGACGUGGUUUCUCUAGAGGUGGCUACAACAGCGACAGAGGGUAUGGAGACAGAAGUUAUGGUGACAGAAACUUUGGUGAAAGGAGUUUUGGUGGUGGAUACAGAGCUGGGGGUUAUUCCUCAGGUGGAUACAGGGAGAGCAGGAGUCAGGGUGGUGGAUACGGUGACCGCUCGGGAUCAUACCGUGACGGAUAUGACAGUUACGCACACGAGUAAACGUCUCCCUGAUUCAAGAUCUUCACUUGGCUGGCUGUAUUUGAAAGCUGCGCUCUUCAAGAAAAAUGUCCACGUGUUUUUUUUGCUGACAUUUAGUUAUGUAGUUCUGUUGUAGUACCUUGGCAUCAGAAGAAAAUGUAGCAAUGAAUUUUUAUCAUUGUUCAACCAUGUUACAAACUUAAUUGGGCGCCCCAAAGCAUAACAUUGAGUCUUCUGUAUUUGUUUUUUACUGUAAAAUUCCACUCAAAGAUAAAGCAGCUGUCCACAUGACUUUGUUUUUUCCUUUUUAUCAGCCACAGACCUUUUUUGUCCAGCACUUAAGAGGUUUGCUAAAUUCCUUAGAGCUCUGAUUCUUUUUACUGUAGGUCCCCAUUUUCCUGUCUUAAACAGACCUACCUCCUGCAAUUUUUCUUUUUAAACUCAGAAGAUAGCUAUUUACAGAACUUAAGGAGUUUUUAAUUGCUAAAUUCCUUACACGGAGAGAACCUUAGUUGAUCAAAGACUCUUUUGUGUUCAAUGUCCCAAGAGUGAACUGAACUACACUUCCGAAGUGGCCGGCUGUUCAUGAAGUUGCAAAAUGCAGCAUGCUACAGUCUGUCAAGGUAUCUUCUGUGCUCUGCUCAAUCUCUGCAAUUUAAAUGUGCUGUAAAAUGGACUAAUCUUAAAGUGAUCACAAAAUGUAACUUCGUUCUUCAGAGUUAAAUAUAAAUGGGAACAGUUUUGUACUUUGUGUUCUUUGUAUUAAAGUUUUUUUUUCCUGUCAGUUGGCUUCAUGGAGCCUAUUAAACAAAAUAUGGAAAAUGA